CGCGCCUUUCCCCACACCCUCGUCCCCCUCACCUUACAGCUUUGCUGAGUCCCCUUCUCAGUAGGCAUAUAUAAAUCAAGAUGGUUAAGCCCACGACCUCCCCCAAGCAGAAGUUCAUCAUCGACAUCUCGAAGCCCUCAGAGGAGGGUAUCUUCGAUGGUGCCGAGUUUGAGAAGUUCUUGCACGACCACAUCAAGGUCGAGGGUAAGGCUGGCAACCUCGGGGACGCCAUCAAGGUCACCCGCGAUGGCAAGAAGAAGGUCAUCGUGACCGCCAACAUCCCCUUCUCCAAGCGCUACCUCAAGUACCUCACGAAGAAGUACCUCAAGAAGAGCGGCACCCGCGACUUCAUUCGUGUUGUUGCCACCUCCAAGGACAACUACACCCUCAAGUUCAGCAACACCCUUGAGGAGGAGGAGGAUGACGAGGAGUAGAUGCUUCCGCUUACUAUGCCACAUGCAAUACAUGCAUCAUGACCGACAA